UGGAGAGAGAUGACGUCACGUCCCAGGAGGUGAUCCUGUCACAAGGCCACGCCUACAGCUGGCCGCCCGGCCAGUGAACGAGGGCGCUGGCGCAGUAAAUCCAGAACCGGGAAGCAGACGCCUGCGCAGACCGUCCGCUCCCCGCCGGGUCUCUGAAGGCUGCGCCAGCGCAGUUCGGAAAGACCGAGCAGAAAGUGCGCCUGCGCAGUCGUGGCCGAGGGGCCUGCGGCGGUAGCGGCGAUGGAAGCCGCUGAGCUCUUGGACGAGUUAGUGUCCGCCGAGGGCCGAAACCGGAAGGCGGUGCUGUGCCGACGUUGUGGCUCCCGCGUGCUGCAGCCAGGGACCGCUCUCUUCUCCCGCCGACAGCUUUUCCUUCCCUCCAUGAGAAAGAAGCCAGCUCUGGCCGAUGGCAGCAGUCCUGACGGCGAUCUCCUCCAGGAGCACUGGCUGGUUGAUAACAUGUUCAUCUUUGAGAACGUGGGCUUCACCAAGGACGUGGGCAACAUCAAGUUUCUGGUCUGCGCAGACUGUGAAACCGGACCAAUUGGGUGGCAUUGCCUAGAUGACAAGAACAGUUUCUAUGUGGCCCUGGAACGGGUUUCCCAUGAGUAACUGAGGGGAGGGGGCCUCAGCUCCAUCCCGACUAUAAAAGCUACUUCCCUCAAGAACUGGCAUUUAACCUGGUAUAACUGGUCUGCUGCGCCUCCUCUGUGCAGAUAGAAAUCAUGAGUAUGGGCUCGUCCAGGUGAACCUGAAGAGGGCUAAUCCUGUUUCCCCAGAGCCUCAGGUGCAGGCCUCUCACGUGGUGUGCUGUGCCACAUUACCCAGUCUGCGCUUUCCCCCAGGUUUAAGGCACUGGGGCACUCGCACAGAUCUGUUCUCAUCGCAGCAUUCUGCCUGGGCUCUCUUUUACCCGGGGGCUCUCUUGUUUCUUGCUCUGGAAGAGCUGUGUUCAGCUUCUAGCCACGAUGACACAUGAUAAAUGACGCUCCUGUGCCGAUAGUUAAAGUUCACCUUUUUCUCUCUCAAGAAAGCAUAUGCGUGUCCGAGAGUGACUUCAUUGUGUGGCUAAACUUUACAGUAAUUUAUUCUUUUUAAAGUAAUGCAUUUUAAAAAUUCAGUAUUUAAAACUAUUAUCAGAAACAUUACUUUGGACAUACCUCUAAUACCGUGUUUGAGAGCUUCUGCUCUAGGCUGAUAGUGACUUUUUACUGUGAAGAUGAACACGGCCCCUCUUCCCUUCAAAUCUGGAUACGGUUCUUUACAUUAGCUCCUCAUUGCUGUAGCCUGUAAGUUAAGAAUCAAAUUUGCAACCCUAUCUGGCAGCCACUCCACGGAAAACUCAGCUCUGGCUGUUAUCCCAGGAUCUCUGGAAUCAGGGCGGAGGGUGUGGAAUAUAGGAGGGAUUGGCCUUUGUCACCAUCUCCAUGAGUAUAUAGGUUUAUCUCGUCUGAACAAGUGACUCUUCCUUUGUUCUUAGGACAGGCUAAUGGAGAGUGUCAACAUUUGCUGAACCUACCGGGCAUGGUUCUCAGAGUCGAGGUUCAGCUGGAAUCUCUGUACCAGCCCAGAAUACAAACUUUCCAUCCAGAGGCCCCUAUUUCUAUAACUGUGGAGUUGCUUUAACAGCAAAUUUAAUUGUUCAAAAUGAUUUGCAAUUGUUGUCAUUUCUCUUCUGAAAUGACUCCCCAUCCUAAAAGGGAUCUGUAUAGCCAGGCGUCACAUAUCCUUCUGUCAUCCGUACCUCUAAGAUUCAGGAGACCUUAGAAGUCAAAGAAGGACUAAUAGAGACUUUCCACUCUGCAGUCUAUUCCUUUGCACCGUUUUCUGGUUGCUUCCUCCUUCCUUUUCCCUAGAACUUCCUCUAAGGGCUCCCCAGCAAAGGUGGAGCCUCGGGCAUGGUUUGGCAACCAGAAAGGUGGCUUCCUUCCCAGGUCGUAGCCUCACGAGCUCUAGUAGAAAACGAGAGAACUGUUUUCCAGGCAGACGGUCCAGUGUCCAUGAUUAUGGCAUUUGCAGAAAAGCAUCUGUGAGAAUUAUCCACUCAGGUCAGAAGGAACAAAACCAAGUAGAUGCCUCUGGGGGCAUAUGGCCCCUCCUCUCACAAGCCAAAACCUAGGCAAAGCAGUUUUUAAAUUAGGCUCUGACUUUGCUUUUUUUUUAAUCACAAAAAUAAUACACGUUCACUGAAAAUAAAUACAAAAAUGGGUAUAAAAUUGUUUUAAAUCAUAUUUCCACCCCCCAGAACUUGCCAAUGGUAAAGUGUAUAUCCUUCUCAAAGUUUUUUUAUGUGUAUACUUAAAUAUGGCCUUUUAAAGCAAAUAUGAGGUCAUACUGUACUCUUUUAUAACUUGCUUUUUCCAUUUAACAAAAUACUGACUUCCCAGGUCAAUAGAUAUCCAUCUAUGUACACUGCUGUUUUUAGUACUGUGUUGUAUUUCUGUACCAUAAUUUAUUUAAACAAUCCACUAUUAGAUUGUCUCCAGUUUCUUACAAUGUGAUAUAAUAUGCAACCUUACAAUUAAGUCUGUAUACAUGUUCUUAAUUAUUUCCUUGGCAUCCAUUAUUAAAAGUGAAAUUGCGGGGUA